GAAGCCGGCGACCACCUCGCCUAUCCUAUUCACUCUAGUAUUGCGCUCCGCCGCGAGGAACCACUAUCACUAUCAGCAUUACUAAGUGCUAGAUUCAUUCGGAGACUAUUGCGCAAUUCGUCGUUCUCAAAACAUCCAUCAGAAGAAAACAUGAGCGCGUUGACAUCCGCUACGGCGUUCUCGCCAUCACUGGAGGCCGUCAGGUUGGCUGCCAGCAUGUACAAUGCGGCCCGCGAAGGCAACAAGGCUGUCAUUGAGGAAGGUAUCCUCGAUGGGCUGCCGCCGAACCUGACGAAUGAGAAGGGAGAUACAUUGCUGAUGUUGGCUGCGUACUACGGUCAUGCGGACGUGGUCAAGCUCCUGAUCCAGCAUGGAGCUGACCCCAACAGACUGAAUGACAAGCGUCAAAGUCCCAUCGCGGGCGCUGUCUUCAAGGGCCUGGAUGCAGUCCUCCUGGAGGGUGGUGCUGACCCAGAAUAUGGCAAGCCAUCAGCGAUCCAGUGCCUCACAAUGUUCAACCAAGAGGGUAAGUGGAAGGACAAGUUCGAGAACGCACCAGGAAGAGGAAAGGCAAAGGCAGUGCCUCAAGAUCAGGCGGAGGAGAGGGCCCCCGAGAAGUUCAAAGCAUGA